AUGUGCAAUGGCUGCUUUUCACUUAUUCUUGCGGUAACAAUCUUUUUGACAAACAUCCUCCUGGUUAUGGCGACAAGAAGAAAUCCUCUUCGCUUUAACAAGGUAAUCGACAAAAUUAACAUCGCGUCCUUCUACCUCAAUCUCUUGGCUUGUGUGUUUUUUCUUCCUUGCUUUGGAAUUACAGUGAUUCUUCAGAGUUUGCAAAUGACCAAGACAACUGUCCUUUUUGCAAGCAACCCAAGUUAUCUGUCUGUAACAGUUCUUCUAUUCACGCAGUCAAACGUGGAUGCUGCCCUCCUAAGGACGAUUGAGCGAAGCUCAGCGUUUAUAUUUCCUCAUUUUCAUCGCCGUUUUAUGACCAAAAACAGAGUGCUAAUCACUUUGUUGCUAUCAGAGUCUUGUGCCCUGACAUUUGCUUGUUUGCAGCUUACUGGAAUAAACAAAAUCGUAUUUUACACCGUUUAUAUCCAUAUGUUUAUUACAGCCCCAAUGUUUGUUAUGUUUAUUUUGGUUAGCAUUACUUACUGGAAUAUUAAGACCAAUAACAGAGUAAUGAACCGAGAAACUCCUCAAUCCGCUGAAAAGCUAGAGCUUCACAGAAAACGGGCUUCAAGAACUGCAAGAAAGUACCUGAUACUUGUUUUACUUCUGACUGUACCAAUGUUCUUGUGCAUUUUACCUUGGUACAUUUUAACUAUCAUUUAUGUCACGUACAAGGACAGUGUUAAAACUGAUGCGGCAUUUCUAGCAGAACAAUUUUCUAUAUCAUUUCUCUUUCUCCCUGAUCUCUUUCUACCUAUUAUAAAAACACUUCGUUUCAAGGAAUACUACAACUCGAUAAAACGCUUCCGAAGAUGA